GGUAGCUUACCAAUUCCAAGUUACCCCAGGUAGUUGAACAAAUUCAACAUCCCUCUAAUUUCCACCAUUUCCUCCAUUUCUCCUCCACCAAGGCGAUUCCACACAUUGAUAAAUGAUUGAACGAGACCAAUAUAUUCUUCUCAAAGGAUACACCUGAUGUUCUACUUUCUUUUUGCGCUUUGAGCCCGCAUUUGCCUCCAAGGCCCGCAUCGCUGUCGCAUUUUCUACCCCGCCGCAUUUAUCGACUUCGAUCCGACCCUUCUCCCCAUGUGAGGCGACGAAUUAUCUUCCUCCGUCGAACAUGUUUGCGGUUUCUUCUCGCUCCCCAUACGACUUUGUAUUCCCACGGAGCAGAAGGAAGCCCACACCGCACCGCCGACCCCAGAAAGCUUCUUGAACCUGCCUUGGGCUUGGGUAAACUCGCUCAACAAGUUUUAUUUUCCCGCGACACUUUUGCAGCUGGCCCAACAUGCCUGGGCUCCCAGCUUCAGUUGAUCUGGAUGAAUGCAUCUCCCGUUUGUAUAAGAAGGAACUUUUGGCCGAAUCCGUGAUCGAGGCAAUAUGCGCCAAGACGAAAGAGUUACUCAUGCGAGAGAGCAACGUGGUCCACGUGCGGGCUCCCGUCACCGUCGUCGGUGAUAUCCACGGCCAGUUCUACGAUCUGAUCGAGAUAUUCAAGAUUGGUGGUUGGUGUCCGGAUACGAACUACUUAUUCCUCGGCGACUAUGUGGAUCGCGGCAUGUUCAGCGUAGAGACGAUAUCACUACUUGUCUGCCUUAAACUACGAUAUCCGAACCGAGUACACCUUAUCCGAGGCAACCACGAGUCGCGCGGCGUGACGCAGUCUUACGGCUUCUAUACCGAGUGCUCGCGCAAAUACGGCAACGCAAACGUCUGGCACUACUUUACUGACAUGUUCGACUUCCUUACUCUAUCCGUCGUCAUUAACGACCAGAUAUUCUGCGUACACGGCGGACUAUCACCGUCCAUCCAUUCUAUCGACCAGAUCAAGAUCAUCGACCGGUUUAGAGAGAUACCACACGAAGGCCCCAUGGCCGAUCUCGUAUGGUCCGAUCCAGACCCCGAAAGAGACGAAUUCUCCCUUUCACCCCGAGGUGCAGGGUAUACUUUUGGCGCCCGAGUAGUAAAAAAGUUCCUGGCCGUCAACGGAAUGAACCAUAUCCUGCGUGCGCACCAGCUCUGCCAGGAGGGCUUCCAGGUCCUCUAUGACGACCAGCUGAGCACGGUAUGGAGCGCACCUAACUACUGCUACCGAUGCGGCAACAUGGCCAGUGUUUUGGAAGUCAGCGAUGCUGGGGAAAGGUUCUUCAACGUGUUCGCAGCCGCGCCCGAGAAUGACCAACAUAAGGAGAUCCAGCAGGGGACCGAAAAAGCCGCCGAUGGGAACGCUCUGCCGGAUUAUUUCUUGUAGCGAUAUGGAUUGAUUGCUCAUCCCUAUAUUUACUUUA